AUGCUGACUAGAAAGAUUCAUUCGGCAACGAUUGGGAGAGGGGAGGGGGAGGAUGAGGAGGAGGAGGAGGAGGAGGAUGGGGAGGGGGAGUGGGGAGAGGAGGGGAGUGGGGAGGAGUCUGGGGGGAGUGAGGGGGAGGAGGCGGGAGGGAAGGGAAAGGGAGGGGAGAAGGAGGGAAGGCGGCUAGUAGCGAGUGCUAAGGCAAGAAUACUGAGGGCCCUAGAAGGGAAGGGGGGAGGGGAUGGAGGGGAGGGAGGGGAGGGGGAUGGGGCAACGAAGAGUGGUCUUUUUGCGUUGCCGUUUAUGGCUAAGGCUAUUGAGAGGAGGAGAUUGGAAGCUCAGAAAGAGGCUAUAGAGGCGAUUAAAGACCUAGAGGAGGGGUUGGAAGGGGAGGGGUAUGGUGACGGAGAGGAUGGGGAGGGUGGGAAGGGGAAGGGGGGAGGUGGAGGAGGGGGUGAUGGGUGGGGAGGAGGAGGAUGGGGAGAGGAGGAAGAGGAGGGAGAGAGGGUGGGAGCAGGGAGACGAGUAUUUGGGAAUCUGGGAGAGACAGUAGUGGGAGGGGAGGGGCAGGAGGAAAGAGACGAAUGGGUGGCAGUGAGAGAGGGGGAAGGGGAGGAGGGAGAGGAGGAGGAAGGAGGGGGAGGGGAGGAUGUUGGGGUAGGAGGGCAAAGCGGAGGGGGAAAGAGUGGGGUGAAGAAUGCGGGGAGAGGAGGAGGAGGGGCAGAGGGGAAGGGUGGAAGGUUGUUGAAGGAGGAGAGGGAGGCAGCACGGCAGGUGAAGGCGAUGCUUGGAGCGGGGAAAGGGUUGUCCUUCUCAGGGGUGAGUGGCUGGCUGUUCGACUCAAAAGUCAACUCGGUGAGUGGCGUGGCUGUGUUGAUGUUCGUUGCUUCGCCCCUUGCUGGCACGUUCGUUGCUUCGCCCCUUGCUGGCACGUUCGUGGCUUCGCCCCUUGCUGGCACGUUCGUGGCUUCGCCCCUUGCUGGCACGUUCGUGGCUUCGCCCCUUGCUGGCACGUUCGUGGCUUCGCCCCUUGCUGGCACGUUCGUUGCUUCGCCCCUUGCUGGCACGUUCGUUGCUUCGCCCCUUGCUGGCACGUUCGUGGCUUCGCCCCUUGCUGGCACGUUCGUGGCUUCGCCCCUUGCUGGCACGUUCGUGGCUUCGCCCCUUGCUGGCACGUUCGUGGCUUCGCCCCUUGCUGGCACGUUCGUGGCUUCGCCCCUUGCUGGCACGUUCGUUGCUUCGCCCCUUGCUGGCACGUUCUUACCCGUUGCUGGCAACUCUGCAUCAGCCCCUGUAGACGUGUCUGUGCCGCCACCCGUGCGUGAUGGUGGGGGAGAGGCGCCGGGAGCAGGGGAAGGGGAUCGCACCCCUGUAGACGUGUCUGCGCCGCCACUUGAAGGGGAUUUGGAGGCUUUGCUGUGCCACACAGGGAGUGGAGGGGAGAAGGGGGUGGGUGAGGGUGGGGGGAGGAUGGAGGGAGGGGAGGAGGAAGGGGUGGAGGAGGGGAGAGAGGAAGGGAGCGCAGAGAGGGGUGAGGGGGGGGAGAGGGGGAAGGGGAGAGUCAGGGCGAAGGGAGGAGAGGGGGGGAAGAGGGGUGAUGGGUCUGGUAAUGGUGCUGUGGGUGUUAUGCAGGGUGAUUAUAGCGAGAGUGAGAGGGAGGAUGGAGAGGAGGAUAUAGACGACGGUGUGGCUUAUAACGAGGGGAUGCGUUUGGAGGGCAAGGGGGAUACUUAUAUGGAGGAUGACGCGUGGGGGGAGGAUGCAGGGGAGAGAGUGGAGAGGGGAGCAGGAGUGGGGAUGGAGGAAGAGGAGGAGAGAGGAGAGAAACCGGUAGGCAAGAAGAGAAAGGGACGGGCAAGUGGAACAGGAGUAGGAGAAGGAGGAGGAGAGGAAGGGAACGGAGCGAGCGCGUUUGAAAAGGGUCAAGACGAGCUGAUGCGAUUGGCCUUCGCAGGUGAUGACGUGGCAGCAGAAUUCGAGGCGGAGAAAGAACGAGUGGUGGAAAAGGAAGUGGGGAGAGAGGAGGGGCCGGUGACGUUGCCGGGGUGGGGACAGUGGGAGGAGGUGCAGAGGCGGAAGGGGGCGCCGAAGUGGAUCGAGGAGGAGAGGGAGAAGGCGAAGAGGAGGCGGAUGGAUGCGGUGAAACAGAGGGCGGAUUCGAAGCUGACGCAUGUGAUUGUAUCGGAGAAGGACAAUAAGAAGAUCGAGAAGUUUUUUGUGCCCGAGCUGCCCAACAUGUUCCGCAACCGGGCGGAGUACGCACGCAGCAUCCGCAACCCCAUUGGGCGGGACUUCAACACAGAAGCAGCGUUCCGCUCCAUGACUCGCCCAGCGGUUAUCAAGCCAGUGGGGGUGGUCAUGAAGCUAGUGGGGGUGGUCAUUCGACCUGUCUGA